AUGCGCCGUGUCGAACCGCCCCACUUCGCGAUGGAGAAGUUCCGUCUGGUGCAGCUAACGCAGGAGGCGCUUAAGGUGCAGUGCAAGACCGACGACCACGAGCACUGGGGAGCGCCUCUAUUAACUGUCGAGCAAUGGCAGCGAAAGGACGAAGCGCAGCGUGUCUCCCCAUUUUCCCAAGCAGGGGCACUCUACUGGGCUCUCGUGGACAGAACUGAGAAGGAUUCGUCCACGAGUGAUGCGGGUCUCGUAGCGGGUCGAGAUCUACUCUACUGUCACUGCAAGACCCUCCGUUUCGAUUGUGUCUAUCGCAAAAUCUCCGGGGAAGUAGAGCGUGGAUACUCGUAUCAAAUCAGUUCGGUCUACACACUCCCGGACUUCCGCAAGCGUGGGCUUGCGAGUUUCUUCUUGACGGAAGUGGCCAAACAAUUGGAGAAACUACCGAAACCUCUGAUCUCCGUAUUGUACUCGGACGUUGGGCCGACGUUCUACGACAAGCUUGGGUGGAAAUAUCAUCCGUCCAAGGCAGCUACGCUGGAGGUUGACCACCCUCAAAACGUUGCUACUGACGAUAGCAACGUUGAGCUGGAGACGAUGCUUCUCGACGAUAACCUGGCCAAGUUUCUGGAGGCUGAUAAUGCCCGGUUGAUAACGGAACUGUCAAGUGAAAAGUUCCAAGAGCGUAAGGCGUUCUUGAUCCUGCCGACACGCGACUCGAUCGAGUGGCAGUUCAUCAACGGCAUGCACUAUGCUCGAGUGGUAGGAUUCGACGAGCUUCCAUCAUGUUGUGGUGUCAAGGUUAACGACAACGCUUUCGUGCUUUGGUGGCACAACUUGAAGGAGUCGACGCUGUACGUCAGUCGAGCUCGAUUCCCAGAUUCCGGUGACAAUGCUGCUGCGACUACGCGUGUUUUGCUGAACGCGGCACUGCAAGAAGCACGCAAGUUCAAGCUGAAGAAGGUCGUGGUCUGGGACCCGCCGUCUGGUUUGGUGCGCGACGAAAUACGCCGUCUCCUUGAGAUUGAGGUUGCAGAGCGCAAACUUUCUCUGUCGAGUGCUACGGUGUUUCGCCGUGGGGACACUCAAGAGGCAACGACAGCUCUGCCUCUCUGGUUCUGCAACGAGAAGUAUGCUUGGGUCUAA